GACAGACACAGUGUAAAGACAUCGAAUCAGGCUCUUCCUCGACACCAGAUUGUCCUUGGCACUCUAUCAGCGAGGUCCCAGUCUCCCGUGAUCUGCGGUUCCCACCUUCAAGCGCCUUGUCUUCCUCUUCUCUCAUGGAUCCCAAGCAACCCGGCAAUAGUCUCAGCACGGCCAACAGGGUUGCCAAGUUGAUUGGCGACAUCCACGCAAGAUGUUCAAAUUACCGUGCUGUAUCUGAAACCAUACAGUUGACAGAAAGCUGCCUAGAGUGUGUCCAAACUCGACUCGAUAUCUUCCACGAAUAUCUCAGGAGAGCAGAGUCAACUCUCUCACCUCGCGCCCAAAGUGCUCUCCUUCAAUCCUUGCAGAAUGUCGAGGAUUUAUUGUUCGAGUUGGGGGUCCAGCUUUCACCGAAUAUCGUCAUGGGCAGGCUGAAGUGGAUUGAGCCGAGGAAAAGGCGGAUCAAGGAUUUAGUCUUCGAGAUCAGGAUGUGGGUGCAAGAAGCGGGAUUGACGAUCCGCGCUUAUGGUGUAUUACUGAAGAUCACAACCGUUGACCUUCUGUACCAACAAUUGUUGGGGACGUACCAUCAUUCAUUGACGAUGGACGGUCACUCGUUGAAGAUGUACGAUCACUCCUUGACGAGCGCGUUGGCACUAGCGAGACGAAUUCAUAAUCGCGCAGAGAAAGCACAGCCCCCCCUCAUCCCCAACUCUGCCCUCAGAAGGGUUGGACCUGCCAUCAAGAACCGCGCGUUUGCCACCCUAAACAACACAGACCUGGUGUACGCGGAGGCCCACUGCCAUGUUGAAGACUCCGCAACGAGAAACGCCAUCGAAAGGAUGGCGGCGAUCUUCUAUGGGCCGGAUUUUCCUUUUAUACCAGAGCACCUCCUGCCUUGCAUUGGCUUUGCAAAGCAGUACGAUGGUAGAAUGUAUUUUCUCAUCUACCAGCUCCCGCCCAUGAGCCCGAAGCCCGACAAGAAGGCGCCCGUUCCAACGCUUGCGAACGCCCUGUGUAAUGGCAUCCGGAUGGCGCUCGAAGACCGCUUUCGUAUCGCAGCAGAGGUCACCAUGGCGGUGCUGGAGCUGCACGCAGUGGGUUGGGUACACCAAGCCAUUUGCAGCGAUAACGUGCUCCUGUCGACUAAAGGAGGAGAGAAGGGUGCUAUAACAGACGCUCAAAUCAGUUCUGCGUACCUUAUAGGUUUCAAACCUGUACAUCUUCAAGAUCCAGGCUUUCCAAAGCUCCCAGCGCCAAACGACUUUGCGGAACAGGGUGACGUUAGAUAUGAUUUGUAUCAUCUCGGGGCCGUGCUCGUCGAGAUCGGGUUUGGCCAGACAUUGGGAGCAAUACUUUCAACCGCACGCACGGUGUUGGGAGAGCCGAAGCGUGGAGAGACAGAAUAUGAGCGCCUGAAAGAGUGCGCCCGUCGAUUGGGUAAUAAGAUGGGUUCGAAGUACGCCAAUGCGGCAAUGAUGUGCCUCUUGUUGAGUAGGCAACCGAAGGAUCCAGUAAGGCUCAGGGAAAGGCUCUUUGAGGAUGUUUUGUGUCUUUUGAGGCAGAUAAUGGACGGCUUCAAGGCAGGAGAGUAGAAGAGAGCAGGCGAUUAAAGAGAGAUUAUCCUCAUCUAACACGACAAACAACGCGGCCAACGUUCCAUGGUUGAAGCAUUGUUUCUUGGUUUUAUUCAAAUAACCCACGCGUUCUCAGUCUAAACCGAUAAUAUUCGUAAUUUCAACCAUAGAAUUGAUUACUACUGACAUGUUUCCGAGAAAAAGCGAUAUUUAUGUUACUCUCAGGCCACGC